AGAUGGCAUCGACUAGCUUUCUAAAAAACUCUCUCCGAGUCACGAAUUAACUCCGAGCGCUGUCAAAUGCGACAGAAUCGAAGAGUUUCGCUUAACUGAUGCCACCAUGCAUCAAAGUGGGAAGUACUCACCGACUCGCUACAUUGCGGUCGUUUCGCCGUUAGCGGUGGCGCUCUUUCAUACAUCAGCUGUUACGCAUGUGGCUAAAGAGUCUAACCAAAUUCCCGAGAAGGCAUUAGCGAAUAUUAAGAUGCGUAACUCCAAAGUGCGGGCUGUGAAGGCUAUUAGAAAACAUGACCCGCCGCCGAGUCCAACGAUGGAGAACGGACACAAGGCACCGGUGCCUGUGCCAAACCCCGAAGACAACCCAGGUGCUGCGCCUCGACCCAGAAAACGGAGUUUUAGACCCCCAGAUGUAAGGACUAUCUUUGAACCCAUCGAAAAGGACCCCCGUGUGAAGGAGGAGAAAGGAGAAGGACACACGUUCUGUCCGGAUGCCUCACCUGCGUGGUGCGACGUCUGUUGUCACACUAUCUUCCAGGAUCGCUUGACGUGUACAGGCUGUAAGUACUCGUGUCAUGCAGAGUGUCGGGACCGGGUGUCUCUGGACUGCAAUCAGAAUGGACCCGCCCCCGACAGGCCUCACAGUCCUCUGUCUCAGGACCACUUCAACAACAACCAGGAUACACACGCCGAUGUUGAGAAGUCGAGGUUGCGGACACACUUCAGCCGGGAGGAGAUCCAGAAUAAGAUCCAGCUCUACAACACCGCAUCCCAAGACCACCUCAAAAUGACCCUGCACUCCAGCGGUCUCUACACCGGCUUCAUCAAGGUGCAGCUGGAGCUGAGGAGGCCGAUCACGGUGCGAGUGGCGGGGGGGGCAGCGGGACCCGGGGGAGUCCGGGCGGGCGGCGGCGGAGGAGGAGAGGAGGCGUUCUACCUGCCCCGCGGCUCGGUCAACACGCUCCACGUCAGCAGCACCAACACGGUGCGGCAGGUCAUCGAGGCGCUGCUCAACAAGUUCACCGUGGCCGACAACCCGGCCAAGUUUGCCCUCUACAAGCGCUGCAAGAGAGAAGAGCAAGUGUACAUCUGUAAGCUGUCAGAGGACGAGCAGCCAUUGUUCCUGCGGUUGCUGGCGGGUCCCAACACAGACACCCUGAGCUUCGUCCUGCGAGAGCAACAGACUGGAGAGGUCAUGUGGGAUGCUUUCUCCAUCCCUGAGCUGCACAACUUCCUGCGCAUCCUGGACAAGGAGGAGCAGGACCAGUUGCGGGUCAUCACGCACCGCUACGACACCUACAAGCAGAAACUGGAAGAGGCGCUCAAGGCCGUGGGGCCCGGCUAAAUAGCCCCCCACCACCACCACAGAGACAGAGAGAGGGAUGGGGAGAGAAGGAGGAAUAAGUAAAGAGACUGAUGAAUAGAGAGAGAAAUAGAGUGAGAGAGAGAGACUGACGUUAGAAGAGGAGAUGUUUUGGAGAGACACUCUGUCAUGGGGUGUGACACACACACAGAUGGAUCAGCAUGUGUGUUUUCUGAAGUCGUUUUCCUCGCAUGGAUUGGACUGAUGAUUUAACGCUGGAGAGAAGAGUCGUCGUGGAUACUCACUGCGGGCCUCACCCUCACUCGGAACUCCAAUGCACCAUGGGAACUUGAAGAGGUCUCCUAGUAGAUAUGGCAUGCUUUCCCAGAAUGCAUCAGUGGUGCCAUAUUCACUUGUUUCUUCUCUCGCACUGUUCCAGCUCUUCUCUGCCUGUCACUCUCUCCAGUAUUUUAUUUUAUUAUGUUUUAUGUUUUCUUUUUUAAGUUACCUCUUAAAACUUGUGAAUGAGAAUGAGACUUUCUGUCUUCUUUUUUUUUAAUUUAAUUGGUGGAUGCUAUUAGAUUGUAAAUAUUUUUGUUCCUUAUUUUAAUUUAUGUGGGUGAAGCUUUUAGUCUUUAUUUUUGUUUUGUUUUUGAAAAAGUCUUAUUUUACACUUUCAAAACAGGCUUAGCAACAAACCAAAAAUGGUGAACAGAACCGGAGUAUGAGGUAGUUGAAGGGAGGGGACAGGGUCUGUGUACAUGUCUUUUACAGGUGUGGCUGUCCCUCUGUCUGACUGCCACACCUGCACAGGUGGAGGGGAAGACUGCCCUCUAGAGGUAGUGUGUGCCUCAUUGACAUGUCACACAGAUCACCACACACACACACACACACACACACACACACACACACACACACACACACACACACACACAACCUUAAUCGUUGUGUUUGCCCCAGUGCAGUCUGAGAGGAGUAGCUCAGUUUAAUGGACCCAGGCCCCACUGCUGUAGGCAGCAUCAGAGACAGCCCUUCACAUCGGCUCAGUUUUGGCUCAGCUCUGGCUCAGUUCUGGCUUUCAUCCGGCUUCGAGUCAGUCGCAGGGAUGCAGUCCGUCAGUGUGUUUGGCCGGAUGUGGUGGAGAGACUGAUAACAAGCAUGUGAAUGUGUAAGACAGAGGGGAACUGUGAGAAUAGAGAGAUGGAUGCAAAAAAACACAAUGGUGUGAGUGAUCUAGAAAGAAAUGGAAAGAAUGAUAUAAAGAAAGACCAGAAAGAAAGAGAGAAUGAUGGGAAGUGAUGUGGAAGUAGAUAACGAAAGAGUAAGAAAGAAGCAGCCUGCAUUGGAGCUUGUCACAUGACCUACGGCCACUAACCCUUGCUGCUAGUGGGGGAACUCGAUGCUGGAAACGAAUGUGGUUUUUUGUGUUCAGAUGACUGAAGAAGACUUGUGGUGCUUCACUGAGCAUGACGUGUUUGGGUAAAGCAGUGAGAGAUGUAUGGUGUAUGGGAUGGAUCUUUAGAUUGAGAUGUAUGUAAUAUGUGUUGAGCAUUGAGAGUGCAUGGUGAUAUGAUGUUGCUGUAGGAGUGUGAAUAGACGUGUGUGUGUGUGUGUGUGUGUGUGUGUGUGUGUGUGUGUCAGGCUGCUCAGCAGAAUAGAAUGGAUUACAGGAAGUUGAGGGUUUUGAGGAAGUGAGAGGCAAAGGGCUUGUUCGGCCCCAGGACCAGAGUGACGUGGUUUAGCUCGACAUCUCUCAUUUAGGCAUUCAGGGUUCCUCUCUCCUCUUCCUCUCUUCCUGUCUACACCCCCCCCCCCUCUCUCUCUCCUCUUGUUCUCUCUUGUUCUAAAACUGUCUAUUUUUCUCUUCUCUCCAUUAUCUCCCUUUUUGUUCUGGUUCUCUCUCUGCCCCCUCUCUCCCUCACUCUCUCUCUCUCUCCCUCCCUCACUCUCUCUCUCCUUCCCUCCUUUGUCUCUCUCGCUCCCUCCCUCCUUCUUUGUUUCUCUCGCUCUCUUCCUCCUCCCUCUCUCUUUCUCUUUCUCUCUCUCUCUCUCUCUCCCUCCCUCUCUCUCUCCCUCUCCCCCCGUGUGUCCUACCUCCUGAUGGCCCUGCCUGUAGAGACUGAUGGUCUGCAGAGAGUGAUAAUCAAAGAUUCUAGAGCUCUGUUCUAGAAUCUUUGGUGAUAACAGCCUAUCAGACCAGUGUCUUUGUGCUGGUGGAUUUGUGUAGGUCUGGACCUUGUUUGUGUUGGAACGAGUGCUACAUAGCAUACAUUGACAUUAACUCUGCUUGGAAAGAGAGAUCUGUAACAGGCCCGACAAUAGGCACUAGGCUGGGGAUGUAGACUUGACAUUUGCAUUGCGAAAUUGGACAGAGAGGUCUGUAACAGGCAUGAUUCUUGGCACUAAGUUAAGAAUGGCAUUGACGUUAACAUCGCUAAGUGGGAAAGAGAGGUCUGUAUCAGGCCUUAAUGCUAGGCGCUAUGCUAAGGAUGCAGCGCUAGGCUGAGGAUGUAGCAUUGGAAUUUACAUUGCUAAGUUAGAAAGAGGGAUCUGUCACAGGCGUGGUCGCCAGGCUGAAGAGUGUGUUCAGGAGACAGCGGGGGGUACGUGGUCAUGAGAGACGGGAAGUGAUGAGGGUCACAUUGUCGCUCUCUCCGUACCAGAGCACAGUGAGUCUGAACUGGGCCGAACUGGGUCAGGCUUUCUGCGGCCAGAAUUCACCAGAUCUGGACCUUAUCCACACAGAACCUGUUUCUGGAGGUCAGCGUGUCACCGUAGGUCCUGGUCACUGUGGUGUCGCAACUGCGUCCACUGGUUCAGAGGGUUCCAUAAACUCACAGGAGGGUUCCACAAACUCACAGCUGCCAAAUACUGAGCUUUGUGACUGUAAAAGCGAUUGAACAUACCAACAUUUGGGGCCGUAGGGGGUAAAGACAGUUUAAAGAACUUUUGAAGGUUUGCUCUGUUUUUUGUUUGUUUGUUUUUGUUUUUCUUUACUGUCGCUCCAAACACCUGCUCCAAAGUGCUGUAGAUACUCAGCCUAUUCGCUAUGCAGAAGCCUCUAGCUAAAAGUGUACUUUGGAAUAGAGGG